CUUCGGACAUUUUAUGCUACAGGACAGAACACGAUUCUCACGUGUAGCUAUCAAACUGAUUUGGGAAAAGGGAGAGUUUAUAGCUAAUAUGUGUUAAAUCUGAAGGUGGGAACAUACGCAAAACAGCUAAAGAUGCCCAGGAAAGGAAGAAAAGCAGCAUCCGGAGACGAAGAGGUCGCUCCCAAACAUAGGAAAACAGACUCCAAUGGGGUCCCCUCUCCUUUCUGCUUCGACACCCCAGACACUGUCUUCCAGAGCCUAAUUUCCCCAGUGGGACAGGAGGAAUUUUUCGCUGACUACUGGGAGAAGAAGCCCCUCCACCUCCAGAGGUCUGACCCAGGCCUGGCCUCCUACUACAAGUCUCUGUUCCAGCUUUCAGACCUGAAGGGGCUGUGCGCUCAGGGCCUGACGUAUGCCAGAGACCUCAAUGUGUGCCGCAGCGUCCAGGGCAACAAGACUGUGUUGAACAAGGAAGGCCGUGUCAACUACAGCCAGCUCAAAAAGGACUUCAACCAGAAGGCCACCAUCCAGUUCCACCAGCCUCAGAGGUUUAAGGACGAGUUGUGGCGGAUUCAGGAGAGGCUGGAGUGUUUCUUCGGCGCUCUUGUGGGCUCCAACGUCUACAUCACCCCACAGGAUUCCCAAGGGCUACCCCCACACUACGACGACGUGGAGGUGUUUAUCCUCCAGUUGGAGGGUGAGAAACAUUGGCGUCUGUACAGCCCCACGGUGCCCCUGGCCAGAGAGUACUGCGUGGCUCUUGAGGAGCGCAUCGGCAGCCCCACACACGACAUCAUACUGAAGGCAGGUGAUCUGCUCUACUUCCCCAGAGGAACCAUCCAUCAGGCGGACACCCCCGUGGGAGUGGAUCAUUCUACCCACCUAACCCUCAGUACCUACCAGAACACGUCAUGGGGAGACUAUCUGGCCAACGUGUUCCCCAAUUUCUUGUAUGACUCCCUUAAGACCAGUGACAUCACCAGGAGGGUAGGCAUGCCCAGGAGAAUCUUGAUGGGAGCCAACGCAGCCCCAGACACAAGCAGGCAGUUGGCCUCAUUAUUGAGGAGCGUGGCAGAUCAGAUGGAGAGGGGCGAACACGAACUCCGUACCGGGGACAUGAAGAGGGACUUUGCCCUCCACAGACUGCCACCUUACACACCAGAGCAAGAUGACAUCUCAUCAUCAGCUGGAAAGAUGCCUGCUUUAGAAGAUACGGUGUGUCUGAGGUUUAAAGACCACAUCCUGGUGUCUUUAGAGACGUGUCAAAGCCCAUCAGAUGGGUCGGUAUCGUUGGUGGUUGAUGUGAUGCACUCUCUGAGGAACAGAAGGGAGAAACAUAUGAUGGGACAGAGUGGUGAUGAUGAUGAUGAUAGUGGUGGUGAUGAUGAUAGUGGUGAAGAGGAGGAAGAUGCACCCUCUGAGACCCCCGGCAUGACCUUCCCCUUCGAAGACCUCCCGGCCAUCAGGCAGCUGCAGGCGGGUCAGCCCAUCCCUGUGUCUCAGCUAAAAAGGCAAUUGGACAAUGACAAAGUCCAGAUGGCCCUGGUGCUCUGGUCGGAGGGCCUGCUGGAGGUGUGCUAAUACCCCAACAGCAUACUCUGACACCAACAACCACUGCUUUCCAUUUGGUCACACAAUAAAUCAAGGGUCCUUUAUUCUACGGCUUACUUCAUCUAA